UAGGGCACACAUUAAACGGUAAAAUAGGGUCCUGUUGGAUUUCAACUGUCUUCUUUUUUUAUUUGGCAUACUGUAGUAACAGAGAUAGAGGAAAAACAGCAGCUCUUGCUUUCUUGCUAUCUACUUCCUGUUUUAACCAAGCCCAGGCUGUUUAAUAGACACCACAGCUGCAUAGUUUUGUAAGCUUGUCAAGUCGUAACCUAGCUUUACAGUUCCUGUUUCAGCAAUGAUCAGCUGGAAGUUGGUGAAUUCUGAUUGGCUUAAUUCUGCACAGCUUCCGGCAUAAACAAAAACAUUCAGCUGAUUCCCUCACAACCCGUUGUGAACAAGCAUUUGGUGGCUCUCAUACUUGGAAUAGUUUUUUUUCCUGGGACACCACAGUUGUAUGCUGAUACUGUGCAGAUAGUUGAAGAAACUGAAAACUAUGCUUGUCUGGAUGUCAGCCCAGUGAUUCAGAAAAGGUGGUGGUGGAUUCUUGCAGGAAACUAUACAAAAGACAUUGCACAAACAUCCCCUGAGAGUGAAUGCUGUUUAUAUGUGGUAGAAUUACCACUUAAAAGUGCAAGAACUAAAGGAUGGACAAUAGUUAUGAGAAUUUAAGUUCUUGCACUAGUACUGACUCUUUCCCAGUUCAUAUUUCAGAGUCACUUGAAUGCUUUAUCUGCAGAGAAGGGGAGGGGAGAGCCCGCGAUGCUUUGCUGAACUUCUGUGACUGCAAGAGCCUGCUGGCCCAUCACAAGUGUCUUCUUGCGUGGAUACGAAAGGGCCCUGGAACUGAAGACAGACCGAGAUGCAGAGUGUGCACAGCUGAGUACCACUUGCAGAAAGGAUCAGCGUGGAGGCUUGUUGCUUGCCGGUGGCAGAUCUGGAUCAUUUGCACCAUAACCUUUGCCCUCUUUGCCAUUGUCCCCUUCGUGGUGUACAGGAUGAUGACUGCCUUCAGAAACCCUCCUCCCCACCCUCUGUUCAAGGCGGCAGCAGUCUGCUUUGGACUGCUCACUGAGACACUCCUAAUUAAAUUCCUUGUGUGCUACUGCAGCAGCUCGUAUGGCAGUGCCAAGAUGUCUUCAUUCUCUGUUCGGGCACGGACUGUGGAGCGAUGCGAUGCAGGCUUCGGUCUUCUGUGGCCAGCAGCAGCCGGUCAGAACUCAUCAACAGCUGUGGGGAAAGCAGCAGAGGAGAGAAAGCAGGAGGUCCUAGUGGCGAGUGAGGGCUUGGGCCUCAAGCUCUGUGUGUGAGCACAAAUCAGCACACCCAGGCCAGGGCCUAAGGAAACCCCAGCAGCAGUGAAAAAAACAGAUUGACACUCAGUGACUCAUUUAGCUUCUGGAUUGGACAGAUUUCUUCCAUGCUGGCAGUUUUGGCCGUGUGUCACUGGGACAGAUACCACAAAGUCGUGGCUUAUCAAAAUUAUAUCGGUGAUGAAAAAAAAAAAAGUCAUCACAAUGAAGAGAUUUUAGCCUCAUAUCAACAACAGAAGACCAAGCAAUUUCUAGUUGGUAGACUUGUUUUAUUUAAAAAAAAAUGCUUUCAGCCUGCCAAAAUGGAAGAUUGGGUGAGUCAAAAUUGAGGCUUUUAAUCUAGCCAUCAUAAAUCAUUGAGGGGAUUCACAUUUCUAGAAUUCUGAUGAAAGGGUUAGGCGCACAAAACACUGUGCCUUAAAGCAUCUUCUGAAAAUUGUGGUUGUUACCAUGAGAUGUUUUCCAUCGCAAACAUCAGACUAAAUAGGGAUUGCUUACAGUAUCUGUCAUCAACACAGCUAGCCCAGCACCCCUAGAUUCAUCGGAGCAUUUUCUGGAACCCAAGUUUGAGCAAUGGUAGUGAAAAGAAAAUAUAUUUUUUUGUUUUUUCAAAUUUGCCCAGGCACUUUAAAAACAGCAUAUGGGCCCAGGAUACAGCAAAGGGUAAAAAUAAAUAUGGGAAAAUCUAUUUCCCGCUUCCUCCACAGUUGGCAGGAGGCGUGGUGCUGAAAUGGCGUGAUUGAUUCCGACAUUAAAACCUAGUACACUUCUGUUAGUGCAGUCUGUUUUAACUUCACUUUCCUCUUUGGAUGCUGAUUUCAAUCCAAGCACCUCUCUUUUCUUCACUCAUUAAAGUGGAACAGAUCUUUACUGCAGUUGGACAUAUCUUUGUCAGUCCCAAAAAUGAUCAGAUCUAAACUCUCUUAUCUUUUUUGGGAGAGGAGGAAACUUCUGUUUGUUUUCCUUUUGCAAUCCAGGGUUCUACCAGCCUACAUUUGACUCUGUCAGGUGUACAUAUGGAAGGAGAAAUUGUACACAGAUGGCCAUAGAAAAAUACCAAACCCAAGCUAAUGUAACGGGUAGUGUUGUGUGAUACACUGCUGUUACAGAUUCUGUUCUGUCCCCUGUCGAAUGCAGAUGAGCCAGGCUCUUCAGCAUUGUGGUUUAGAUGCUUGCUUGCUGGUUCGCGCCCAGCCUCUGCCCAUUACACUAACCCACUUGUCGUUUUUCAACCACAGGGACUACAUCUGAAAAGACUUAAAAGCUGAAUUUCUGAAGUUAAGUUUUUUAAGUGACCACUAGGGGCAUUUAUUACAGUUUGAUUUCGUAUUUUCCAUUUACUAACUCACAUUCACCAACAGAGAUAGGAUACUAAACAUGUAAGAAAUGUAAUAUUUGGGGAGAGGAGGGCGGGAGUGAGUAUAUGGUAGAAAGUAUUCCUUUAAAUUUUAAAGCAUCCUGUUAUCACACCUGAAAGUAUAUUAUCCAGGAUAAAAAGGAUAAUCUGAAUUUAAAACGGCAACGCAAAGCAGGUAUUUAUCUGCUCUGCAGUAUACACAAGGACUCUGUUCACCCUGAUAGGGGUGCGUCUGGUGUAAUGUUGUCUGUGCUGUCAGUUUCAGUGUUUAUUUAUUUUUUAAUUCAAAUGUAUGUGAACUGAGAUUACUAAAGGUGUGGGGGGUGCAUGGGGAGCUGGAGAAUGACUGUGUUUGAAAGUACCGUAUGGAGAAUGAAUUUCAUAAAGACAGUAAUAAUAAUCAGAAUAUUAAAAGUGUACACCUCAUGUAAUAAUGCUCAAAUUCCCUGUUGCAUGCUGGACUUGUGUAUCAAAAUAUCUUUGUAGAAGCAGUGAUUUUAUUAAAACUGGCAUUCCAAACUGAAGGAAUGAAAUGCUUGGCGUUUCAUUCUUGCUGAAGAGCCCCUAAUAAAACUUUACCCCUCCUACACAAGCUCUUUAUUAGACCAUAAAUGGCAUUCAUAUCAAAUAUUAUUAUGCAGGAAAGGCAUGCAUAUACAAUUAUAUUCGGAUUGUCUCAAUUGUGUUAAGGUUUUAUUAAAUAUGUCUGAUGGAAAUCUCACUGUAAAUGUGUUCCAUUAUGAAGCAUUUAUCCUGCCUAUUACAGCAAGCGAUUUCUGUAAACGCUCAUCGGUACAUUUUCCGGUCGCUAUAAUUGUCUCCAGCAGGAUCAUAAGGCUAACUCACUGUAUAUCUGUUGUGAAAUGCCAUAACAAAAGUGAGCCCACGCCUGUGUGAUUUCAAGGUUUAAUAUUCUGAUGUGCCAGAUGGGCACUUUCAUGACUGUGUGAGCGUGGAUUAUUUCAUUUCCUACAUCUGGGACUCCAAAUGGCUGCACAGAAUGCUUCAGGAGAAAGUUGCAGGGUGGCAACUGGGGAGGUUCACCUUCAGUGGGGAGCUGACAUGAUCUGGAAACGAGGCGGUAGAGACUUUGGCACACAUAGCUUUCUAAAGGUUGCGUGCCUGGGCUCCUAUGCAAGGCAAAUGUUCAAGAAAUAUCUGUCUAAAAUUCCUAGCAGUUGGCAGCAUCAGUUUUAAUUUAGAGCUGGUUAGGUAUGCAGGUUUUAAGUGAAGUCGUUCCUGCUUAAAAAAAAAAACUAACAAAUCAAAUGUACUUUUUAAGCCAUUAUUAUGUUGUACAAUAAUGUUUACUGCAUUUAAAUAGUUGAUCUAAGCCUUAUAAACGUUUACCAUGGUAUAUUUAGACGUUAAUUUAGCAGUUUGCCAAGUUUUUCCUAUGCUUAUACUAUACAUUCACUGUUGUUUAUCAUGGUUAACCAUCUUUUUUCCCCCACUGUGCUUUAACAUAGUUCCCAAUGAAUCACGAUUCUUGCUUGUACUUUACCAGGCUACACUUUCCAAUGCUUUCACUGCAUUUUACUGCAGUCAAUUUUAUAAACCACCUGGGUAACCACUUGUAACCAGGGUUUCCAAGUUCAGUACGGAUAUCAAUACCAAUUAAAACAUGCACAAUUGCAUGAGA